AUGUCAUCCAAUUUCUCCUUCGAACUGGGCGGGGCCCCAUACACCAUCCCCUCGCCAACAGAGAAACCCAUCGCCUAUGUCGCCACCGUUGUCCUCUUCUUCAUUCUAGCAUACGCCCUCGGUGACCAUGGCGCCAAGCUGCCCGAAAUCAACCCGCUCAAGCCGUUUGAGUUCUCCAACUCGCGCCGCAUCCUCGAGUUCUUCGGAACGAGCAAGGAGCUCAUGCUCAAGGGCAGAGCAAAGUUUGGAGACAACCCGUACAAGCUAAUGACGGAAUGGGGCAGCGUCAUGGUCUUGCCUCCCGACUUUAUCCACGAGCUUCGCAGUAAUCCCUACUUGGCUUUCGAGGAGCCUGCUAAAGAUGACUCCCACGGCUACAUUCCCGGGUUCGAGACCUUUGAUGGAGAUGAAGCCCUUCCGAGAGUCGUCACAAAGUACUUGACAAAGGCUUUGACCAAACUCACAAAGCCCCUUUCCGAAGAGUCGACACUCGUCCUCCGCCACGUCCUCACUGACUCGACCGAAUGGCACAAGAUAAAGCCCCAGCAAGACAUCAUGCGCAUCGUCUCCCGCCUCUCCUCCCGCGUCUUCGCCGGCGAGGACCUCUGCCGCGACGAAGAAUGGGUCCGCGUCUCGUCAGAGUACACCGCCGCCGCCUUCGGCGUAGGCUACGAAGUCGGCCAGUGGCCCCGCUGGUCCCGCCCCAUCGUCCACUGGUUCCUCCCCUCGUGCUGGCGCGUCCGCGCCCUCCUCGCCGAGUGCCGCAAGACCCUCCAGCCGCACGUCGAGCGCCGCGAACAGCGCAAGGCCGAGGCCCUGGCCGCUGGCAAGACGGGUGCCAUUUCUCUCUCCCUCGUCGCGAUCCAUACCACCACCGAUUUGCUCACGCAGACUAUGAUUGAUUUGGCGGAGCAUCCUGAGCUGGUCCAGCCUUUGCGCGAUGAGCUUGUCCGCGUGCUCAGCGCGGAAGGAUUGAAGAAGACGGCGCUGUAUAACCUCAAGCUCAUGGAUAGUGUCAUCAAGGAGUCGCAGCGCAUGAAGCCCGUAUUGCUCUCAACCUGGCGCCGCCUCGUCAAGAAGGACGUAACCCUCUCCAACGGCUUCGUCCUCCGCAAGGGCCAAAAGAUCAUCGCCACAAACACCCACAUGUGGGACGCAGACUACUACGAGAACCCGGCCACCUACGAUGGCUACCGCUUCCUCAACAUGCGCGGCACCGACGAGGAGAAGAACGCGCACCUCGUCAGCACCAGCGCCAAGCACCCCGGCUUCGGCCACGGCCAGCACGCGUGCCCCGGCCGCUUCUUCGCCGCCAACGAGGUCAAGAUUGCGCUGGCGCAUCUGCUGCUCAAGUACGACUGGAAGUUCCCUGACGGGUUCAAGCCGCAGACGAUGCCACACGGUAUGGUCCUGUUGCCGGAUCCUUCUGCGACGCUGUUCAUUCGGAGGAGGAAGGAGGAGCUUGAUCUGGACUCGUUGGAGUGUUGA